AUGUUGAAGAAAGAAUUAGGGAUCAAUAAGCCUCCCCCGCACCUGAAAGCUGAUAUACGUCAAGCUAUUAGGAUUAUGUAUUUGGAGAGGGGCCGGGUCGACAGCGAUGUGAUCAAAUCUAGAUUCCUAGCCAAGCACCCAGAUCAGGAGAACCAUAUCAACAAUGUUGUGGUCGACUAUGCUUUCUCUCUGCAGCAGGGCAUUGGAAAGCGCGUAGAAGCACAAUCUGGGCCGCCAAAGACAAACCACAAUCAGAAUGAAAACACACCUAAUGUUACAGGACAUGACAGAAACGUGAACCCAGACAAAGGAUUAAUCAACGACGUUAUGAAAAAGGAGGAUCAGAAUGGACAUGCAAUUUUACAAGGUCUGGCGGUUAUUAUUCCUUUCUUGUUCCUGACUGUUUAUAACAAUGGAAGGCCCUCUUGUUUCACCACAUUGACCGUGCCUUCUCUGGCAAAUCAGAUGUGCUUCCUGAGUUCUAACAAUCAAGAUGAUUGCAAUCCGAAAGACCAGAACUAUACUAGUGUGCAGGAUGCAGUUUUGAUAUCCGCUACUGCAAGGACUAUGCCAUCCCAAUUUGCUCUUAUGGGUGGGUUGAGCGCUCAACAAUCGGCAUUACCCCAAGAUCCUAGAGUUAUGCUAAACACAAAUGUGCCAUUCUCGGCCUUCAUAUGCGGGGUCCAAGGCAGCGGGAAGUCUCAUACCACAAGUUGCAUUAUCGAGAAUUGCUCCUUGCCAUUGCCUAUUUUGGGGGCCCUGAAGCGGCCACUCUCUACAUUGGUGCUCAAUUUUAAUGAGUACAGCUCGAAUGUUGGCGCCCAGCCGUGCGAAGCUGCCUUCUUGUCUUCGGCUUUGCCGGAAUGGUCGAAGAAUGGAUUCUCCAUCCCCGUUAGAAUUCUGGUGCCUCCCUCGAAUUUCCACAAUCUCAAGAGAAUGUACUGCCAGAUACCAAAUGUCGAGGUUCAGCCAUUCAAACUCAAGGCACAUCACUUGAAUAUCAGUACAAUGUUAUCUCUCAUGUCCAUGGGAAAUGGUGACCAGAUGCCCUUAUACAUGAGCCAGGUAACCAGAGUUCUCCGUGAAAUGGCAAUUGAAAACAAAGGAGGAACUUUUGAUUAUCUUGAUUUCAGAAGACGCCUGGAAGAUCUAAAUAUAAAUCGUAUGCAGACACCCUUCCUACAUCAGAGAUUGGAUCUGCUUGAUUCCUAUCUGGACCUUAAGGGGGAGCACAAUGGCGACUACUUCACUGACGGUGGUAUCACUAUCUUGGAUUUGUCUUGCCCAUUCAUGGAUCAGGCUACCACCUGUCUCCUUUUUCGUAUUACUAUUGAUCUCUUCCUACAUGCACAUCCCUCACGGGGUAAGAUGAUCGUGGCAGAUGAGGCUCACAAGUAUAUGAGCGAAACGCCAGCAGCUAAGGACUUGACCGACACAUUCCUUAACAUCAUUCGCCAGCAACGCCACCUUGGAGUUCGGACCAUCAUCUCCACGCAAGAGCCAACCAUUUCGCCGCGGCUGAUUGACCUUUGCUCUAUGACAAUUAUCCAUCGGUUUACAAGCCUGAGUGAAUGCCUUGAUGGACUUCAUGAGAUUGCACGUUUGCGAACAGGGGAGGCUUUGGUUUUUGCGCCCUCUGCUUACCUCCUGGAUGAGAAGAACUCUGCGAUCAACGCUGCACACAAAGUUUUCAAAUGGCAAUUCGAAAGCGUAUCACCUGGGACGGAGGGAGGACAAUUUUGUGUGUUUGUUGAUGUUUGA